AGAACAGCAAUGGAGAAUCUAACAUUCAGAUACCACACUCUAUCAAUCGAGGGACUAAAGGUGACCCCUCAGUUAUCUUAUCCUGCUUUCAGCUUGUUGCUCAUGGUGUAUGUCUCGAUAAUGGUGUCUAACAUUGCCAUUGUCAUCUUGAUCUUAUUUGAAAAGAGCCUACAUAAUCCCAUGCACAUCAUUUUUUGUAACCUGCCGCUGAACGAUACAAUAGGUCCUACUGCUGUUGUGACAACACUACUAAGAUACAUUUUCAAGGAGGCCUCAGAGCACUAUAUCAGUUAUCUGGAGUGCAUCACUCAAGCAUAUGUUUGUCACUUCUUUUCUACAGCUUCACACACUAUACUAAUGAUUAUGGCUUAUGACAGGUAUGUAGCCAUUUGCAAUCCUUUGCAAUACGCCGCCAUCAUGACCAACAAAAUGGUAAUUAAACUGACUGUUUCAGCCUGGGGAGUGCCAGCCGUUCUAGUGGGAAUACUGAUAGGGCUCACUGCACGCCUGUCUCAUUGUACUUCAACAAUUUUAAAUCCCUACUGUGACAAUCCAGCACUCUUCAAAUUGUCCUGUGAGGACACAUCAAUCAAUAACAUAUAUGGACUUUCUUUCACUGCAGUAUUGCUUUCCUCCUCUGUUGGAACGAUAUUAAUAACAUAUAUUCGGAUAGCCACAAUAUGUGUGACAAACAAAAACAAACAACUCAAUAGCAGAGCCUUGAAAACCUGCAGCACUCAUUUGGCUGUGUAUGCUAUCAUGUUGAUCUCUGGAUCCUCUAUAAUUGUUCUCCAUCGUUUCCCUAACUUGACAGAAAACAGGAAAAUUGCAAGUAUCCUGUAUUAUGUUGUGCCUCCAUUUUUGAAUCCUAUUAUAUAUGGUGUACAAACUAAAGAAAUAAGAAACAAGAUGGUUCAACUUUUCAGAAAAAAUAAAAGGGUUAUGUAA